AUGUUUUUUAAAAAUAAUUUAGGUUUCUUGAGAAGAAGGCGACUUAAAGCUGCGCAGGUUAAAGUAAAAUGUCCGAAUUGUCCGAGUGUGUAUACUCACGAGUUAACACUAAAAAAUCAUCUGAGAUACGAGUGUGGUUUGUCUCCAAGAUUCAAGUGUCCCUAUUGCCCCUACAUGGCCAAGCGCGCGGGCAAUGUGGUUGACCACACAAAAAGGAGGCACAGAAAUAUGAAGCCUUACUUUUUAGACACUUUGGGAAGCUACAAGCCCCGGAAGCAGUGGAAUUCCUAG